UCCCUGUAGACGAGUAUGGCAUCGAGGUCUGUCCCCGGCGCGCGGUGAGCGCGGAGCAGGCGAGGGGCGGAGGCCGCGCACAGGCGCGGGGACAGCGCGGGGUCGCGGUACAACAGCUUGGAGCCCCGGAACCCCACUACUAGGAUGUAGUGACCCGUGUAACUGCCUCCGAAACAACGUCUGCAGAGGUCACAGACGAGCAGCGUGGCGUCGACGAGCAGUAUGGCGGGCCCGGCCGAGCCCACGUGGGCCCGCAGCGCGCCGUACUGCAUCGACUGUUGGACCACGCGCACGCCGCGGGACGUCGCCUCCGCGAACCGACGUAACACUCGGUCACGGUCCUGAUACAAAAUUACCACAUUGGGGCAGAAGCAUCAGGACACAGGACACUCCGCAGUCCCAAUUGUAGCGUUGUUGGUAAUGCUCAACAUUGUGCUCCACAUAGUCUAAAGAUAUACAUAAUAAUAGAAAAUUGGGAACAUAAACUUUUGUAAUAGAUUACCCAUUAUAAAUAGGUAACAAAAAUCUUAAUAAUUUUAUAAAGUAUGUAAGCAGUGGAAUAGGACACCACAUUUAUGAUCUACUUUCUUUUCUAUCACCUUUAUAAUUUUUAUCAAUUCAGUAUCGCUAAAAUUUUUAUUGACAAAAAAUCAAGUAGGCACCUACCUAUGGAUUUUGAACUAUUUAUCUUAUUACUUAACGAAGACGAAGACAUUUUGGGCUCAUGAAAGUUAACCUUAGCAGAAUUUGUUCACAUUUUUGUUCAUUACUUCCUAUUUACUUAGGUAUUUAUCUAUUUUCCUAAUAAAUUUGAGUCACCUUAUUACUGUUUAUUUACUGUUUUUGUGAAAGUUUUACAGUGUUCCCAUUUCGAUUACAAAAUUACCCUCACCGGUUUAUGAGUGUCUUUCUAAUCGAAUACCUGCUAAAUGACUUAUUCUACGCAGUCUAUUGUUGUUGAAUAAAUAUUCAGCUAUCAUAAAUGUUAAUCCAUUUAAAUAUCACAGCAAUUAUAUAAUGAUAGUGUAAGAUCCUACGAUACGAUUAUUAUUUUAUUUUCGUAAACAAAAACAAAGGGUAAAAUCUCUUGGUUGGCAACCCACAUUUAUGUCUUUGACAACUACGUUUUGUUCAAGGACCUUUACGGUUUUGUUCAUAACUUAUAAAAGCUUACGCUUCUGUUUUCUAGAUGCAACUUAGAUAUUCUUGGUAUUUAAUUUUAAAUGAAUUCAUUGAAGGGCUUAGUAAGGGAGACGAGGACAAUCUAUUAAACACAGUUAAUAAAACUGAAAGCAACAAUACGGAAUAUGACGUAACAUUGACAGAGAAGUCGAUCCGUCAACUUUUAAUUGUCAACUCUCCAUGAAAGAAUCAGCUGGUUUGCGAUUUCUUCAUUCUUGCUUGGUUAUCUGCCUUGAUUUCAAAUAUUUUAGUUAGUUAUUAACGAUGGCAUUACGAACGGGUAUACUUAAGUUAUCCAAUAUACGAUGUGCAACGCAGCAAGCGUCAAGGCUCCGCGUUAUGAGUACUCAAACAUCUACCAAAGAAGGCAAUGCGACGGAAGAAAUGAAACCCGGCCAGACACAUUUCGGAUUCCAAGUCGUUGAUGAACAGGAAAAAACCAAAAAGGUUCACGAAGUGUUCGAAACUGUAGCAGAAAGGUAUGACCUCAUGAAUGAUGUGAUGUCUAUGGGCAUCCACCGCAUGUGGAAGGAUAUCUUCAUGUGCCGCCUGGCACCCAGGGCGGAAACUAAACUGCUGGACAUGGCUGGUGGCACAGGGGACAUAGCAUUCAGAUACAUAAAGUACUUGCAGAACCUAGGCCCAUCCCAAGGAGCACACAGCAGUGUGACUGUCUGUGACAUCAACCAGGCCAUGCUAGAUGUUGGCAAGCAAAGGGCACAAAAAUUAGGCUACACGGCGGAGUCGUGCGGAGUGGACAUAAACUGGAAGUGUGCUGAUGCGGAGCGCCUGGACCUGCCCGACGACAGCUACACCGCGUACACCAUCGCGUUCGGAAUCAGAAACUGCACUCACAUUGAAAAGGUAUUGGAGGAAGCAUACAGAGUCCUGACUCCUGGUGGUCGCUUCAUGUGUCUGGAAUUUAGUCAACUUCCAAAUGAUACACUCCAGUGGGUAUAUGACCAAUAUUCGUUCCAAGUCAUCCCUGUGUUGGGUCAACUGUUUGUAGGACAGUGGAAGCCAUACCAAUACCUCGUCGAGAGCAUAAGACAGUUCCCCAAUCAGGAGAAAUUUAAAUCGAUGAUAGAAGACGCUGGCUUCCGACAGGUGACCUAUGAGAACUUGACAUUUGGUACAUGCGCUAUACACUCCGGAUUCAAGAUAUAAUGCCAUCAAACUGUUGUUAAGUUUUAUGUUUAGGUGUAAAUAUAAGUCAUUAAAAUUUGGUUAUUUAUA